AUUUCACAAAAAUUAAGUUGUGGUUCUUUUCCGAGUACUGAAAGUUGAGCUAUUGAGAAGCGCACAGAAGAAAGGAAGAUGGCGUCAUCGCGUCCCCCACCGUCGAAAUCAGUGGAUCUGGACCUCACCAUCGUGGCGGCGAAGCACCUCAAGAACGUCAACUGGAAGAACGGCGAUCUGAAGCCCUACGUCGUUUUUUGGGUGGACCCCGAGCGGCGUCUGGCCACCAAAUCCGACGACUCCGGCAACACCUCCCCCGUCUGGAACGAGCGCUUCGCCCUACCCCUCCCUCUCCCCCUCCACGACUCCUUCCUCACCCUGGAGAUCUUCCACUCCAAACCCUCUGACACCCUCAAACCCCUCGUCGCCACCCUCCGCCUCCCUCUCAAGGACCUUCACGACCUCCAGGACUCCACUCGCCUCCGCAAGUUCCCCCUUUCCCGCCCCUCCGGCCGUCCCCACGGUAAGAUCCACCUCAAACUUGGCCUCCUUGGCCGCCCCCAAUUCCAAUCCCUCGACUAUCUCAACCCUAACCCUAACCCUAACCCCACCCCCAAUCCCAGCCCCAACCAUAAUAACCCUAAUUUCGUCUUCUACAGGGGAUAUUCCCAUUCCCCUUCGCCACCACCAUCUCCAUACCCCUCGUACCCCUCUUACCCCGAUUCCUAUAGUUCUUCUUACUACCCUGGUUACUAUUCUGGUGCUCUUCCUCCUCCUCCUCCUAGACCCUUCAUCGACCGUUACGCUGGGCCCAGUGGUCCUUCCGCUCCGCUGGAUUAUUCCACCUCCUACGAUCCCAAACCCAGGCCUUCCAAAAUGGGCCUAGGCGCUGGCCUCGCUGUCGGCGCUGUUGCUGGAGCUCUCGGUGGGCUUGCUCUCGAGGAGGGGCUUAAAUACGAAGAAGACAAAAUCGCGGAUAGGGUCGAGAACGACGUCGCUGCUAGUAUUGCGCGUGACGAUUACAGCGAUUAUCGAGUGGAUUACUGAACCAAACAACUCCUACUGGCUUGUGUUAUCGUAAGGUUUCAAAAUUCAAAAGCUAUCUCGGUUUGGACUCGCUCUAAUGCUAUUCCAGUAUAUAUAAUAGAUAUAUAUAACUAUUACAUCUCUAUGUAUAUAGUUUGACUGGGUGUUGGAUUGAUGAAUGCAUCGGUAAUGUUUUACUUGCUGUUUGUCGUGAUUUGCUAAUGUUCUUGCGGCUUUUUAUAUUUGAAGUGAAAUAAAGCUGAUUUCGUCUCAUGAUA